UAUAUAUGAAUAUAUAUUGAUAUAUAUUACUCACAUCACUGAUUAUUUAUCAGAAGUCAGUGUUUAAAUAUUCUGUAAAAACACAAACUCAACAAUGUAGAUAUGAAAUUAUGGUGUUAUUUUCUGCUUUAACAACAUGCAUAUUUUAAAGGCUUUAGGUUGUUUUAUUCUGAUCAACACUUUAAUGAUAGAGUUCUGAGCCGUUUGUUUUAUAAAUCUUUAUCUUUAUUAUAAAUAAAACGGUCACAAAAGAGGAAAUAAUCUGAUCAAAUAUAAGUAAAACUUAAAAACCAAACGUUGAUCAAUCAGUGAAGAGAUAAUCUCCAGUAGAUAAUAAUAAAUAAAAUAAAACUGAAGGACGAACUCUCAGAAGCUGAAAUGAUUCUAAACAUGAAAGACGUCGACGUCAUCGUGAGAUUUAUUUAUUUUAGAAACUACUUCCUGUUUAUUCUUCUUCUUGUGUCCGUCCCUCAGAUGUGCACCCCCAGAAACACUCCGGCCACGCCCCCUAACUUCCCGGACACCAUCACCAUGUUCUCUAAGCUGCGGGCAUCAGACUCCGGAGGCUCCGCCUCCUCUCAGGCGGCGUCUAUGGCCUGCUCCCCCCCGGCCCCCCCCUCCUUCUGGGCCUCCUCCCCCCCGGGCCACCAGCCGGCCUGGCUGCCCCCAUCCUCGCCCACGGGCCACCACAUGCACCACCACCACUUCCUCCACCACCACCACCACCACCUGCAGCAGACGCCCAUGUGGCCCCCCGGGGGCUCCCAGCCCAGCGGGGCCCCGCAGGCCCCCGUCGUGUCGGCGCUCCACGGCCAGAGAUGAGGUGGCGCAGUGAGGAGCGGGGGGGUGUUAGGGGGGAAGGGGGGUCAUGGGUGGAAUGAGAGGAAGUGGAAAAAAGACUGUUUUCCUCUCUGUGUUUUCAAGUGAAGACUCAGCAGGAGACUCUUCAUCACCGUCUUCAUCACUAGAUAUACAAGCUGAGGAAGAACGGAUGAUGAUGAUGAUGAUGAUGAGCAACAUGACUCAGUCUCUGGUCUUCAUCAUCAGCUCAAACAGACCCAGCAGAGCGAUCAAUGGUUCUCAAACUCUUCUUCUCUCGUUCAGAAACCAGCAGAUAAACAAACGGAGGGGUUGAGGGUGAGACGGCCUCAGAUGGUCAGAGGUGAUCAUAGAGUUUCAUCUUCAGCCAUGAACCUGAUCCUCGACGUCUGAGGCACAAACAUUAAAACAUUUUAAAGACUCACCUGGAUGAGAAAGUAUUCUCUCUGCUGCUCAUAAACAUUUUUUAAAUUAUUUUCCUCUGAUCCAAACAAAGAUGGCUGCGUCUGUGUUUUAAUCUGAGCGACAUCAUAGAGAGGCGUAGUCAUGACAUCACUUCCUGUCCAGCCUCUGAUCCUCUAGACGUCUAAUCUAUAAUUCAGCUCCGACUGAAACAAAGUGAAACUACAACUUCUUUAGUGAGCAGACAAAGAAACUACAGCUCCCAUGUCUGUGUCCGUUAAAGGCAGCUAGAAACAACUACUGAUGAAAUAAUAGAAACGGUAAUCAAAGAAACAAUUACUCAUUGGAAGCUUCUUUUAAAGAGUAUCAGAUGAUCAGUUUACAUUAUACACGAUAAAUGUAACAUUUAUAAAAUUAAUAUCUUUUCAUCCAACAAAAUACUUUAAUCCAGAUUUGUUGUUUAGCUUUUUAAAAAAAUGAUAUUUUGUCUGAGUGAACGAGUUCUAUUCACAAAGAAUUUACUUUAAUAAAAAGAGUCAUUUACUCCGAUGAAGCACUUCAUUCAUAUUCAGGCUUUUGUUGAAGAUUUGUUUCGGGCGAUGACUCAUAAAGUAUACGGACGGACAUUAAAAACCUCAAGAGAAGCUUUGAAUGGAAGAUAAUAACAUUCACGUCGGCUCUCUAUUUGAAUAGAUUCACAUUAUUUUAUAGUUUAUAUACAAAAGAUUAUUAUAUUGUUAUAUUUCUGACUUCCUGGAUCAAAGAUAAAUUACAUAUUUUAGUUUGUUUGCAGCCGACGGAAUAUAAUUUCAUCCAGAGGUGAAUAUAUAAAGAGUAUAAA